AUUGACGGCAGAAUCAUGAAAAAGUUUUUACUUUACAAAUACUACAAUCAAUUCUUGAAAAACAAUUAUUUUACAAUUUUAUAGGUGAAACCCAUGCCACUUUGACUGGAAGGAUCCUACACCGAUCCGCCAUUUUCAAGCGACCGAACGGGCACCAGGCGGCCACGCCGCCCGCAACAGAGAGCGACGACCAUCCCACCCCGCCGCCCGGCCGCCAAGUCCCGAAAGUCGACCAACCGACCUUCACGUAUAUAUAGAAGACCCACCGAUGACGUCAUAACGUCAACUUCAGCACCGUUUUGACGUCAUUUUUCCUUUUCCGAUCGACGGCAUAAUCAGCUGACCACGGAUUUUUACCCAGAAUGCGCCGCAAUUCAGAUGUCUCAUGGAAGUGCGACGGCGAGGCUGCGUCGGUGGGGAGCUGCGAUUUUGUGCCUUUUCCUGGCCUAAUGCGGCAUUCUCCAGUGGAAGUCAAGAAGAGAUUAUUGUCUGCACUGGACGAGGAUAGCAAUGUCAUUGAUAUGGCGGUGGUACUGGACGUCAUCAGUAUCCUCGAACAGCUCCCUAUCUCACUGGAGGCCUUGGAGGCCACGAGAUUGGGAAAGCACAUCAACGAGCUACGUAAGAAGACGGAGGACACCAGCCUGAAGAAGCGGGCCAAGGCGCUGGUGCGUCGGUGGCGUGGCAUGAUGGUCAUCCCGCAGCCGGAGCCAGCGCCGGUGGCGCCGACAGCCGUGCGGCGGAGUAGCCCGUCCGGCGCCAGUCCGCGCUCCUACCCGUCUAGUGCCAACACCAGCCCGUGUCUGUCGCGCUCCACCACGCCCGGUCUGAGCAAGCUAAGCCCCGGCCUGGUGCGGAACGUGACGCUACAGCCCAUCAGUCCGGCGCUGGGCAGCUGGCCGCGCCCGCCGGCCGCCGCGCCCGCCCACCAGGCGGCCUACUCCCCGCCGCCGGCUCAGACGCUCGACAAAACGGACGUGGCCAACAAGCGCAAGAGGAAAGCGGAGCCGGCCGGCGGCGAGAGGUCGGACAAGCGGCCGUGCUUCAACGGCGUGCAGGACGAGUGCAGUAGAGAUAGUAUCUCAGGGGAAAUCAAUUCUGAAGUGCCUCCGGCGCUGAAGGCGGCGCCGGCCAAGAAGCCGCGCCGCUCGCGCUCGGCCGCCGCCGAGGUGGCCUCCUUCGACGACCUCACCGAGAAGCUGGCGUCGGUGGCGCGCACGCCGCGCGUCAAGACCACGCGCCAGCUGCUGUCGGAUCUGGCCGAGCGCAGCGGCGACUCGGCGCUGGCGCGGCGCGCCUCGCAAUUUCCGGCCGCGCAGCCGCCGCCGCCGCCGCCGCGCCGCGAGCCGCCGCACGACCUGACGCGCAACAAGUCGGCGCACAUGCAGAAGUUUCUCAACUGGCAGGGAGGCAAGCGGCGGCCGGCGCAGCCGAUCGAGACGAUAGACCUGGAGGAGGUGGAGGCCGCGGAGGAGGUGGGCGCCGGCGAGCCGCCGGCCGAGCCGCCGCGGCCCUGGCCGACCGAGGAAGAGAUCUUGGCGCGCCUGCCGCCGCUCGACGAGAGCGCGAUCGUGUGGAGCGACGAUGAGCCGGAGGGGGAUGGCGAGCCGGCGGCGCGGACCGCCAUCGACCCCGCCCACCUCGAUGCCGGCCACCGCCUAGAGAACAUUAACGGCAAUACGAACCACGAGGGCGAGUUCAGGGAGUGGCACCAAGUUGUUACGGCAUCUACGUGCGACGGAGGCGUACUGUCCAUGUUGCCUUACGUUAUCAUUGAUUAGGCUGCUUGGCGUUUGUGCUUAUAGUCGCUUGUCGGUCCGUACUUCCUAGCGCGUAUCCGUACGCCGCGCGCGUGCUAUUGUUCCGAGCAAGUUGUGACCCCACGACAGGGAUGGCAAUGCAUACUCCAGAAUGGACCGACCGGUCACCCCAACCAUGUCUUUUUUCUGAUUGUUUCGUUCGGUUCGUGAAGUCUCAUGGCCGUGCCCCAGUUUGUUCAUCAACGCCAUCUUCCAGUGCAGUCUUUCAGACUACAGAGUAUCUCAUUUAUGUCUAAACCAAGGGCGUUCUUAUCCUGGUCGGCCACGCGGUUUGUUUGACCGACGUUGGAGUCGUGGUUGUCCGCACACACACGCAUACACAUACACUGUACAUAGGGUACUGUUGAGUUGCCAAAUAUCCGUUGUUUGUGAUAAUUGCACCUCCAAUACAUGAUCAAAUUCGCAUUACUUUGAAAGCUACGUACGGUAAGCGCCGCUAGUUUCCGCUAAUUUCCGGUUAUUGCUGGUGGUCAGAACUUGUUGGUUCGGUACGUGGCUUGCAUAGCAAGGUGUCUGGAGGUCAAUAGCAAGGUGUCUGGAGGUCAAGGCAUUGUUGAGACAUGGCGGGAACCCAACGAGUUGCGAGAAUUGUCUCAAUUUUGGAAACGUCAUGCACAUUGAGCUGAUGAAGUUUAAAGUGUUGAAUACAUGAGCUUUGCGAAA